UAUAAUAAUAGGCAUUAGCAAAGCUUCUAGCUUUAAAAACAAGUCUUUUACUAUUAACCUCUUUUAACGAGAGCCAACUGCCUCUUCCCCAUGUCCGUUCCGCCACACACUCCGAAUAUGGUAUCUUACUCAGUGCCAAACGAAAUAAUCGCCCAAAUAUGUUCCUACCUAUGCUCUCACUGCCAGAAUCCAGGAGUAUUCCCCAACUCAAAUACCACGGAGGCCCGCACCGAAAAGGUUACGCUGGCGCGCAUGUGCCGCUCGUCAAAGACAUUAUGCGCCAUAGCACAACCCAUCCUCUUUCACUACUACGCAUGCGGUAAUCUCGCUCGGUCGGUCGAUACCGAAUUUUCCGAUCACUAUGACUCGUGGAACAGGGAGUCCUGGGACUUAGAAGAUGACAAGCUCGCUGUCUUCAUCCGCAGCCUGAUUACCCGCCCCGAUCUAGCAGCCUGCGUGGAAUCUCUGCAACUCAAGAGCUCAGGCGUGCAAGACGUCUGCACGCCUGAGCUAAUGAAAAUUCUCGGCGAUGCUGGAAGCGCGCUUGGUUUCGAGCUCCCAACUGGCUGGAGCUGGGACGGCUGGACCGGUAAAUAUCUCGAAGUUUGGACUGAUGAAGCCCAGCCUGGGCGUUUCAAUGAGAAUCGCCUCGAGUUCCACAAGUGGCUUAUGGGCGUUGCCAUCGCGCUGACGCCGCGCACGGAGACGCUAAUGUAUAUGUGCGAAUACCUCGAUGAGUUGGAUUGGUCUUGGUAUGCGGAUAAUAAAAUGGCACUGCCGGCGCUUAAGACGCUUGCACUCCGUGGUGCCCAGCGGUCUGAUUACUAUUUGUUCCAGAUCCACCCCUUCCUCACUGCUGCGCCAAAUCUACAGACGUUAUAUGCGCUAGACUGCCGUGGUAACGCAAUAGCAAGUACGCUUUUAUUGUCGUUUGAUUACAACGACGGGGAUCCGUGGUCAGAAGACCUAGCUGUAAGCAAGCUGCGGAAGCUAGUGCUGGAUGAGCUUCCAAGCGAAGGUUUUGAGAAGUUGAUAGAGCGCUGUGUAGAACUGGAAGACCUUGUGUACUAUAUCCACUUCUGGUAUGAUUGUCCCGACAUUGUACGCACAUUCUCUCAAACGGAUAAGAGGCUCAAGAAGCUCUGUUUUGGAUUUUUACCGAACCCUGUUCCAACCGGUUACGAGAGCGUGUUAGAUGACGAGGACUAUGAAACUAUUCCACUUGUCACAUCGUUGCGGGAGCUCACCCAGCUCGAGGAACUCGUUAUUGACCAGGCAUUACUCUACCGCAAGUCCGACACUUCUACAGGCACAGAACGACUGGAGACGCUGCUGCCACCUUCGAUUCAAAUGGUGCAUUUCACGUAUGUGUACAAGAGCAUGUAUGAAGAUUUGAUGCACCUCGCGUCGGUGGCACCAGGAAGCUUUCCCAAGCUUCGGAGCGUAACGAUUGGUCUCGUGAGUCCGAUACCACCGGGGAGAGUGGAGGAGAUCGAGCACAUGAAGACGGUGGAACCUGCCUUUGCUGAUGUUGGCGUGCAUGUGUCGUGGGAGGAGAACUUGAUGGGUCCGUUCUUGUAUACUGCGAUUCCGGGUGGGACGCCGGGCUUAGAUGUAACUUGUGUGCCAUCUGCUCCUCUACCAUUUCCUUGAUGUGAAAGAGCAAUAUGAAAGGUGUUACACAUGGGCGGCCACAGUGACCGUCCAAAACGUGGGUUAAUUUUU